GACCGGGGCUAAUUCGUGAAAACGCGAUGAGCUCAACUGUUAUAGAUGCAACUGAUGCCACUAGGCGGGACAUCACGCGAUCAACACGUCCAAUGCGGAGCCGCACCCGCAAGAUCCUGCAGUGCCAGGACCGGAUCCAGCCAAUGCAUCAAGUGCCAGAGCUAGCAUUCAACGGGUCGCAUGUGACAUUGUCGCACUAAAUGCCUUCACGUUGAAAGCCUUGCAAGACGGAUGGUUUUCAUCGCCACCAAUCGUUAACCGCAGCCGAUAUGAGAAAUCCGAGGGGUUCCUCACUGCCGAGGAGCGAGAUCACGUCGAUAUGAUUGCAGAACUGUCCGACGAAUGGAUUCGAUGCCUACAUUGCUGAGUACGUGGGGACGCUCACUCGCGCCGAUCAGCUGAGACGCAUAAUGGAUCCGAGACCCAGCAGUCACUACUCAGAUCUUCCUGUCGUCUGCUUGGUGAGAUACCGGGCGGCAAACGCGCACGUGAACUUGGCUUCAAGGGUCAACAAUCUCGAAAUUCCAGCGCAAUAUAACUAUUGCAAGACGUAUCAGGACUAUAUUGAGCAUACUGUCGUUCGAGAAACGGAAACGCGGCAUGCACUUGCGACCGCCCUAAGACGCGCUUCAUCCCUUUUGAAUUCGAUCAAGUUGGCAGUGGAUGACGGAAGCCUUUCCGACACAUGUUUAUCGAUACUAAAGACAAAACUAGCUGCUUUACAAGAACAUUACUCAGAUGCACAUUCAACAGUUUUUCAUUCGCCUCGUGAUCUUUUUGACCCGACCUCUGAGCAUUGGUGGGAAUACAAGCCGGACACAGCAACAGUGACGCAGCAAAGCGUUCUUGCGACAGAUCCACCAUCUAACGCCGUGACUGCAUAUCCGGGAAUGUCAGCAAGCUUGCCAAUGACGCUCAAUGUGCGAGCAAGCCUAAACUUUGUCGUCCCCAGUGUUUGCCUGUUGUGCUGUAUUCCCAUCGGGUAUGCGUAUUUCUACGGCUCGCCUACACAUGGCACAGCUACCGAUUCGGACUUUUGGCAGCUGGUGGCUGGCUCAGCUAUGCAGCUUCUAUCUAUAGUAACCCUCCUUUUACCAAGCAAUGUGCAGGGCAAACUUCCUCAUCUCUCUGGCAUAUAUUCCGGGCUUCUAUUAAUCGCAAGCGGAAUUACUUUACCAGCCAGUAUUGUAUUGUAUCUAUGUGUAUCCGCUCGCUGGAGUAUAGUGGUAUCUUAUAUGGGAAAUGCUGCGCAGGUUCUGAUUCUACUUCAGUUGACAAAUGCUCUUUAAUUUCAGCACUGGUGGGUGUAGUCUUAGGGCAUGGCGGUAUCGGCCGAAAUGUAUAUAUAUAUACAGGGAGGGUGAGGCGUAUUUAGCCCUUAUAUGUACUUAUAUGUGUUCUUUGCGUUUGUGUUGCCUUAAGCGCUAUACCUUAUCUCCUCGCCAUAGUAUAUGUAUGUAGGCCGUUAUCUAUAUCUGUAUUGUGGUUAUAAUUAAGAAAGUCAACGGGUCAACGCAACAUUGCAUCAAUCAAGGAACCAACUCACUAGCGAUAGGCUUGGCAUUUAUUUGG